GCAAUGACCUGCGCGCCACUCCUGCCGUUCCUGUCGCUGCUGCUGUUGGUCGAGGUCCCUGCAGGGGCGCGUGCGUCCCCGCAGAGAGCACUCCCCGAGGUGGCAGCCUACUGUAAGGCUGGCACACUGUGCCCACGGGGACCCAUCACAAACUGGAACUCGCCGCCCAUCAAUAUCAGCCUCUACUAUGAGUCGCUGUGCGGUGGCUGCCGGGGCUUCCUGGUUCGAGAGCUCUUCCCCACGUGGCUGAUGGUAAUGGAGAUCCUCAACAUCACACUGGUGCCCUAUGGGAAUGCUAAGGAACAAAAUGUCAGUGGCAAAUGGGAGUUCACGUGCCAGCAUGGAGAGCGUGAGUGUUUGCUCAACAAGGUGGAGGCCUGCCUGCUGGACAAGCUGGAGGAUAGUAAAGCCUUUGUAACCAUCGUCUGCUUGGAGGAAAUGGACAACAUGGAGGAAAACCUGAAACCAUGCCUCCAGAUCUACGCCCCGGAAGUGUCCUCGGAUACCAUCAUGGAGUGUGCAAUGGGUGAUCGCGGCACGCAGCUCAUGCAUGCCAAUGCCCAACUAACAGAUGCUCUGCAGCCACCGCACCAGUAUGUGCCCUGGGUCGUCGUCAACGGGAAACCCAUGGAUGAACAUGAUGAACUCCUGAGCCUUGUUUGCAAGUUGUACCAGGGUGAGAAGCCGGAUGUCUGCCAAAUUGGGGCCAGGUCCCAGAGGAAAGUCUGUUUCCAGUGA